CCGACAAGACAAGUACAACACUUUCUCUUCGAAGAAAUAGCUGUUUUUCUUUUACAUUCAUUUAUGAUGGAUAYAACACCUUCCUCCUCCAAGCAAAAUGAAUCUUAUGAAGCAGCAUCAUCAUAUGGUGUUAAAGUUGAGAACAAUGAUGACAAAGAAAGAAAGCUGAAAAGAAAGCUGAAUAUAAAGGUCAUAAAGGUGAUGAUAAACAAUAAACUCUUUAGAUGCCAAACAGAUGGGAAAGAAAGUGUACUUAACAUGAUAAUGAAGAAAAUCCCCCAAAAACACCAACAAAUUUUAGUCUUUCAGUCUGUUUCAAACAGAUCUUGUCUUAUUAACCUUGGACUUCCCACUGGUGUACUUGAUGAAAGUGUUACUUAUGAAUGCAGAAGUAUGCAUCGGCCUGAACACCAUGCUGAAAAGUCGAUGAGGAAAUUUGAUGUUGCCAUCUUCGAUGAUUCUUGGGACAUAAAAUAUUUUUAUGUCAAAAUAUCUGAGAAAGGACGCAAACUACCAGCUGUCAGUUCAAUGGCACAAUUUGCUGAUAUUUUACAAGUCCCAUUUUUCAAUGGAGAAGAAACAUACUUUGAAGCUUUAGUGAGAGAUAGACGUUUUGAUAAAAUCAAAGACGAUGGAAAUCUGAAAAUUGGCAGUUGUCAUUUUGAAGACGAGGAAAAAGCCGAUGUGUCACUUGAAGACCAAGCUUCACAUUCAAAAAUUUUUAAAUUAAAACGUAGAGAGGGGACUAUGCUAAUUGCUGGUCAUGUGAAACAAUUGACUUGUCCGUCAGCCUUGUUAGAGCAGCCUUGUGAACUGGUUAUCAAGAAAGAACUGCCUGAGACCCCACCAGGGAAAUUGGACCAGCAUCAAGCAUCACUAACUCAAGAAUCGAGUGGGCAGCCAAAUGUUACUUCUGUUGGAACUACAGUAGAAUCAGGUGUUGCUUCAGCUCAAAUACCAGAUCAAAGCUUAUCAAUGCAUGGCAGUAAUUCUGCCGCCAAGAAGAUAAUUUUACCUACUGUUGAGGAGUUUGAAAUUUUCAUGCAAUGUAAUUUUAACAUUAAAGUCAGGAAGGAACAACCAGAAGCAAAAGAGAAAGAAAGACAAGAAGAAAUUGAUAAGUUUGUCCAGGUGGGGUAUAAAGAAUUUGCUCUCAACCGCAACUUUGCAUUACGUUCAUCAGAUGUGAAGAAACUUGAUCAAUUAUUAGAUUCUACAGGUGCAAUAGUUAUGGUACUGACCAGUGGUAAACGGCAAGUUGUAGGCACCUGUUUUAGGGUCGGGUCAAAGUAUGUUAUAACAAAUUGGCAUGUUUAUAACAUCAUCAAAGAUUAUAAUACAAAAAAAAUGCUACAAUAUGCUGCUAUUGACUUUUGCUACACAACUAACUUAACGAGUUUCAUUCCUAAGUUCUUUUGUAAUACUUCUUUGAGUGAGUCAGAGGAACUUGAUUAUGUAAUAUUUGAGGUUAUGAACCCGAACGAUUGCAAAUUGCCAAAAAGUGUUACGUCGUUUUUUAUAAUUCCACCAUCAGUUGAACGUGCUCGAGAGGGUAUGUUUCUCACCUUCAGUGGGCACCCUGAUGGAUCAUGCGAAACAAUUACAGAUUUGAUGUGUCCAUUGAGGAGUACAGAUACUCUUGAUGAAAAAUAUGUGAUAUGUUUAUCACAAAAGCCACAGCAGGACCUAUUAGAUCAGAGACGACAAACUUAUGAUGUCAGCACCUUCUACCAUGGAGCCUCAGGAUCUCCAGGGGUGUUGCUACAGCAUGGCUACCUAUUGGUACUUCAUUGUGGAGGCUUUUGGUUGAAAAGUGAUGGUAAAGUUCAUUACAUUAUUGAACAGGGCAUCUUGAUGGCUGCCAUAGUUGAGGAUGUGAAGGCAAAAUAUGGUGUUCAAGUGGCAGAGGAACUGUUUGACCUACAAAAGCCUGGAGGUCUUUAUCAAGUAACUGAACUUUCUUAAAUUUNAU